UAAGUUAGUUAUAAUUAUUUUAAAGUUUUGGUGGUAAGAUACAAGAUGUUCGUCGACAAGUCAAUCCUUAAAGCACAGUGUAAUUUAGAUUGAAAAUUGUGUAUCAAGUUGUGAGCGUUUGAAGGAUGAUGGUGCUGGUGAUAAUAAAUAAAUACGAACAACCCUUGGACUACAAAGAAUUAACUAUAACUAUGUUAAAUAUUGAGUCUAAAUACUUUUAAUUAGAACCAAAGAAAUUACAUUACUGUUAAAUCAACGCAUUUGUCAGCUCUGCGAAAUAUUUGUGUUUUCAUCAACAAGUGAGAAAACAUAUUUAUACAACACUACUUCUUAUUAGAAACCUACGUAUAUCGGCUGAAUCAGUGGUGAAUUCUCAGUACCAGCAAGCACUGAGAACCAUUGUAGCUGUAGCCAUUACCCGGAAACAUGAAACGGGAAAGGUGCAAUAUGAAUUUUAAAAGUUCUGCUGGUGCUUUGUUCCGCUGUUGAGUUACAAGUGAAGAAAAACGAUACCGUCCUUGUGCUGGCUAGAUAGUGAUAAAACGGAAAACGCCGUUCACGUUUUUUUAUAAAAUCCAUUCGAGGGUCAGUGACUUACCUGAGUAUUAUAAAUUGUUUUAAGUAAGUAAGAAGAACAGAAACCGCGUCACAAUGGUGUUGAAUCCUUUAGUACACUUCAUCAAAACAGCCGAACGAAUCCCCACACGCUUCAGUGUGGCCAGUAUGCUGUUCAUGUCAUGCUUCAUCAGUUAUAUGUUGCGAGUCAACAUGUCGGUUAACAUCCUAGCGAUGGUCAAACCCAUCCAGAACGGUCCGCGGGCAAAUGCACUGGUGGCCAACAGUUCGGCUCAUGUGGUUGAAAACACUACAUUUAUAAUACCAUCGAUUCCCGCACCGAUAGAUUACGGACCACGUUACAACUGGUCAUCACAUGAUCAAAGUGUCAUUCUGGGUGCCUAUUUCUAUGGAUACUUGCUAACAUCGCUUCCGGCAGGAGUCCUGGCUGAGAAGUAUGGCGGCCGAGCACUGGUCGGUUACACACUCGCGUUCAGCGCGAUUCUAACGGCACUCACCCCAUUGGCGGCUACCUACGGUCUGUGGACAAUCGUCGCCAACAGAGUUCUGUUGGGUGUACUAGGAGGCUUUCUAUAUCCAGCACUCCACCAGCUAAUCUCCAAAUGGGCUCCACCGAACGAGAAGGGCAAAUUUGUAUCGGCGCUGAUGGGAGGAACCUUCGGGACGGUUAUCACGUGGCCACUGGUUGGUGUUCUAAUCGAAACCUUUGGAUGGGCGUUCGCGUUCUACGUCCCAGCUGUGCUAACUACCAUCGUGGCAUGCUGCUGGUUCAUUCUAGUAGCAGACUCACCAAGUCAGCAUCCGCGCAUCAAACAAGAGGAGAAAGAGUUCAUCGAAAAGUCACUCGGUGCUGCCGUAUCCAAGCAGAAUUUGCUUCCACCGCUGGUGAAAAUAAUGACCUCGGUUCCCUUCCUUGCUCUGCUGGUGCUGCACUUCGGUAACCUUUGGGGGCUGUAUUUCCUGAUCACGGCUGCCCCCAAAUUUAUGAGUGAGGUUCUCGGUUUCAAGUUGGCCAAGGCAGGAUUCUUGGCGGCUCUACCAUACCUUGCACGAGCGUUAGCUGCAUUUGGUUUCGGCAGCAUCGGAGAUUAUUUGAGAAAGAAAUCGAUAAUCUCCGUGACAGCCAUUCGCAAAUCCUUUUGCCUUUUCUCUCACAUAAUCCCCGGUCUAUUCCUCGUGGGGCUGAUCUUUGCUGGCUUCGACCCGUACGUGUGUGUCGCCAUAAUCACUCUGUCACUGGGCUUCAAUGGAGCCUCAACCAUGACUAAUCUACAGAACUCCCAGGACCUGGCGCCAAACUUCGCCGGCACCCUGUACGGAAUCAUCAACUUUGUCGGCACGACCAGCGGCUUCAUUACACCCAUGCUGGUGGCACAUUUCACCGCCGAACGGAGCACUAUGGACGAGUGGCGUUACGUUUUUGGAAUCGGUGCCGCGGCCUACAUCAUUCCGGCACUGGUUUUUAUCCUGUUUGGAUCCGCCGCAGUACAGAAAUGGAACGAGCCGAAUCAACGGCCAAAAGAUGUGCCCAAAGAUUCCAGGGUACCGGAAACUUUUUAACAUCCGGCAACUGCUGGCAGUCUGCUGCCUGGUGCAGGGCUGCUCCUCGGCUAUGAUCCAGUCCGUUCAAAAACAAGUCAACUUCGCAUUUGUACAUACAUUUAGCUGAGUGUGUUAGGAAAGACACACCUCGCAAGAAUCUCAUAUCUAAUGAUAGUCAACUAGCUGUUAGGUGAGCAAUCGAAGAGUAUUAUUAGCUAGGGAUGUAAAUAUCUUGAAUUGGUGAUAUUUCCUCUUUCUGCAGACAUGUUAAAUUGUGCAAUUCAGCCCAGUAAGGUGCAGAUAAUGAUACUAUUUAUGUUACGAGCUUUGAGCAAUUAUGCUUGAACGGUAAAAGCAGGCAAAAUAAAACGAUAUGCAAUUCGAUUAAAUAACGCAUUAAUGUGUCAACGCCGCAGAUUGAUGACAGUUUCCCUCGAAUAAAGUUGCGAAUCACCUUCCCCUAGCCUUUCAAACAGUCGAUAAGUUCAGCAAUACUAGUUACAUUGACAUUCGCUUUUCGAUCUUGAUCUGGAAACAAUUU